AGCAGAACUCGUUGUUACAUAACCGCUAGUUUCCUCUCCAGGCUCCAGGACGCGCCUCAUUUCACUGCUUCACAAGUACUUUCUACUACAUCCAGCCACUCUUUCGCGCCUCAUUGAAUUCAGAAAACUCUUUCACGAGUUUGAUAAAAAUGGCAUCAACCUGUUCAGGAUGUGGACCAGGUUACAAAAGUCCUCUGGAUGCCAUGAAAGGUCCUCGAGAGGAGAUUGUUUACUUGCCAUGUAUUUACCGUAAUACUGAAAUCCAGAAGCCUGACUAUCUUGCAACCGUUGAUGUCGAUCCCAAAUCUCCCACUUAUUGCAAGGUGAUUCACAGGUUGCCUAUGCCUAAUAUGAAAGAUGAGCUGCACCACUCUGGAUGGAAUGCCUGCAGCAGCUGUUUUGGUGAUGCCUCCAAAAAACGCAACCGACUUAUCUUACCCUCCCUGAUAUCCUCCCGGAUCUACGUUAUCGAUGUAGGAACAGAUGCCCGUGCUCCAAGACUUCACAAGACCGUAGAACCUGUGGAGAUGUACUGGAAAUGUGGCCUGGCUAAUCCUCAUACGUCUCACUGCUUGGGAAGUGGCCAAAUUAUGAUCAGUACCCUGGGCGACCCCUCUGGAAAUGGAAAGGGUGGAUUUGUGUUGUUGGAUGGUGAGACAUUUGAAGUGAUUGGAAACUGGGAAUUGCCCGGUGAAACAGCACCCUUUGGAUAUGACUUCUGGUACCAACCGCGCCAUAAUGUGAUGAUUAGCACUGAAUGGGGAGCACCCAAAAUACUCGCCAAUGGAUUUAAUCCUGAAGAUAUCAAAGCAGGUCACUAUGGACAAAGUAUCCAUGUGUGGGACUGGACCACUCACAAGCAUUUGCAGACACUGGAUCUGGGAGAAGAGGGUGCAAUCCCUCUGGAGAUCCGCUUUCUGCAUGACCCUGCUGCAGCUGAGGGAUACGUGGGCUGCGCACUGCAGGGCACCGUGUUCCGCUUCUACAAGACUCCGAAAGGCGAUUGGGCUGCAGAGAAAGUCAUCAAGAUUCCUAGUAAAAAAGUAGAAGGUUGGAUCCUACCUGAGAUGCCAAGUCUCAUCACAGACAUUUUAAUUUCACUGGAUGACCGCUUCCUGUACUUCAGCAACUGGUUACAUGGUGACAUUCGACAGUAUGACAUCACUGACAAGAGGAAUCCGCGUAUGGUGGGCCAGAUCUUUCUGGGAGGCAGCAUUCAAAAUGAUGGUCCUGUUAAAGUGCUAGAGGACAAAGAACUGAAACGGCAACCUGCCCCACGUAUAUUGAAGGGCAAGCGAAUACCAGGGAGUCCACAGAUGCUGCAGCUGAGCCUGGAUGGAAAACGACUUUAUGUGACUACUUCUCUAUACAGUGCAUGGGAUAAACAGUUCUACCCUGAGAUGAUAAAGCAAGGCUCAGUCAUGCUUCAGAUUGAUGUGGACACAGUGAAAGGUGGAUUGACUCUGAAUGAGAAUUUCUUGGUGGACUUUGGACUGGAACCUAACGGUCCUGUUCUUGCUCAUGAAGUCCGAUACCCUGGUGGAGACUGCACCUCCGACAUCUGGCUGUGAAAUAGCAGCUGUUAUUUCUCAAAAAUAUACAUGAAUUAAUUAUCCUUCCCUAUUGGUUAUCAGUAUAUUCAUCAUGCUUUGUAUUACUUCUGGUCUUUCCAAAUAUCACUGUUUGACUGAUGCUAUUACCUUUAUAAAAAAUUUCACAGAUAAACUGACACUAAUGAUUGAUCUGCAUCACAACAAAUUGUUUUGUCUGUGUCUAAAACGGCAGUCUUUUCAAUAAAAAUUAGCGUGCAAAAAAAAAA